AUGUCCUCCCGCGACCCCCGCCGCACAUCCACAGUCCACGCCUCAAAACGCACAUCCCUCCUCCCCCGCCCGAGCUCCAUCGCAAUAGACCCCACGGCCCUGGUCGCGCAACACGCGCAGCUGACCGGCUCUUUCCCGAUAACGAUCGGUCCCGGGGCUGUGCUGCAUCCGCACGCCCGCGUGAACAGUGCGGGGUGUGUAGUUGUACUCGGCGAGGGCGUUGUGCUGUUUGAGCGCGCGAGGGUUGGAGUGGAGGGGGAGCUGGGCAGGAGUGCAGGAGAAGACGUGGUGCUAGGGCGGAAUGUGGUUGUGGAGACGGGCGCGGUUGUUGAGGGAAGGGAGGUUGGGGAAGGGAGCGUGGUUGAGGUUGGGGCUGUGGUCGGGAGGGGUGCUGUUGUUGGGAAGUACUGCACCGUCUCCGCCGCGUCUGUUGUGCCGCCGUAUACUACGCUGCCGGAUUUCACGGUUGUGUUUAGCGGCUCCCAGAAACGUGUCGAUAAGACCCUUCAGCAACGCCCGGAUAUCCUCGAGCAGAAGAUGGCGGUGCAUCAGAAGCAGCUGGAUAUGUUCAGGAGGCUGAUUGCGAACAAUAUCGCGAAGUGGACGGGCUGA